AUGGGUUGCACUUUGUUUGCUAACAAGAGUGCAACCAAUGUCCAUGUUGUCUACUUGGAGGCCCUUCGUGACCUCAGUUUGACAGAGAGGUACGCCUGGGGAGUGGCUGCUUUGGUUCAUAUGUACGACCAGCUGAACGAUGCAUCUAUGAGCCACAGUCGACAGCUUGGCGGUUACAUCACACUGCUACAGUGCUGGAUUUACGAGCACUUUCCCUCGGUCACGGAGUCCACCGCUGAUUAG